AUGCAUGCAACGACCAAAAGUAGCAUCAUUUCUUUCGGUUCUGCCAACUGGUCCGGGGGAUCAGAAGCUCCUGAUUUUUUGAGUCAAAAGGCCCUGCUCCCCAAAAGCACAACAGAUGUGGACACUAAUCCAGUGCUCCGCGAUAUCUCACUCCCAGCGACUAUCGAACUCUCGCAAGCUGACCAGCACAUUGAAGGAUAUAACAAGAGCAAUCAUCUGCGCAGUGCUGCCGGAAAUAUAGAUCGUGGUUCACCUCCCGCACUACCACUUAAAUCAGCCGGUGAACAAACUACAAAUGAUAAUGAUUCGAAGGGGCCUUAUAAGAGCCUCCCCACCAAUUCUGUGCCGAAUAAUCCGGAUCCAAUAGAUUUAAAUCACGAAAGUGGUUCAUUUCCGAUACGAUCACAUCCGAUGCCACUGCAGAGUAGCGCGCGCACGAAGCGCUCAAGUAUCUACCAAGGGAGGCCAAGUGGACCCAUACCGAUGAGAGGCGUUAGUCGCACCUCUCGCUCAGCUUUUACUGAAGGGGAUGACAGGAAGUCAGUGAAAAGCAUCUCUUCUUCCCUAACAGCAUCAUUUUCCAAGAACUUUCUGUCGGGUUUCUAUCACAAUUAUAAAAAUGGUUUGAAGCCAUCCCAAAAUGUUCUUUCGAAGGAAUAUUGGAUGAAAGAUGAAAGCGCUAAAGAAUGUUUUUCUUGCGCAAGGCCCUUUACUACAUUUAGGAGGAAGCACCACUGUCGUAUUUGUGGGCAGAUAUUUUGUGGAACUUGUAGUUUUCUUAGCGACGGCGUAAAGUACCAACAUGCCGGGCGGAUGCGAGUAUGCCGAAACUGCCAUACGCAUUUUGAUACUUUCAACGAUUCGAGUGAUGAGUCUUCGAUGGAGGAAAAUGCACAGGGCACACAAGCUAGCCCCAACAACUCACCAGACAAGGGAAUUACGAGUUCUGAUGUUCUGCUGUUAAAAGACGACGAGGUCCAAAGCAUCCUAACUAACGGUGACGGCACAAAUCUAUUUCGUUCGACCCCUCCACCGCUCCCAAAAAUGGCCAUACCUGCGACAAGACAGGGAGGCUCUCUAGAGAUUUCAGUUCCGAACGUAACGAAUUCUCUCAAAACCGAGAAUUCCACAAGAUAUCGACCUAGUAUGAAAGAUCGUUAUACAAUUAGAGAUGUCGAUGUUUUGCAGCCAUUCACAAAAGAUGAAAGCGGUACCUCGGUAGGGUCUAAUCGUCCGUACCAAGCAGUAGGACAAGGAAGUUUUCCUCAUAUUACCAACUUUAAGCACUCUAUUUCUAACUACAUCAGCAGUGCAACUGGGGCAGAUGAGCAGAAAUCGGCUGAGCCCUCGGUAAACUCUGUGAUUGAAAAUCUCUCAAGAAAUGACUUCAAAUUUGAAUUCAAUUAUGGAAUGAAUAACUUUCAGGGUUACUUGGAUUCUCCCAGGCCUCACUUAUCUCAUCUCGCAGAGCGGAAGCUAAGCAAACGUACUGAGUCGUCGCCGACAUUGGCGGGGGGGUUUCAGGGUGGUACACGCUUAGACAGUGAUUCAAGACAUAGUGAUGAAUCAGAAGACGAGAGAUCAAUGUCUUUAUACGCCGCACUCAACGACUCGCAUCAGGACUCAUAUUUUGUGAGACCCACAAGAAGCAAUACAAAGUCACUUCAAAGAGCGCAAGCAUCACUUCGAAGAAUGAACUCUCGUCGGAAAAGUCGAGGCCGCGGCUACUUGAACUCAACUCUAAAUUUGAAACCGUUCGAAUUUCUUACUCACAGUAGCCCAAAUAUCAAAUUGGCGGGUGACGAAGAUGAAGAUGCAGAGGGCAAGUCCGAGGGGGCUAUGAAUUUAACAGUAAGCGUAGAUCGAGUAAAGCCACGUAGUGAGACGAGCUCCUCCUCUAGAGAUAUGAAACGCAUAAUUUCCACUGCUUCAGUACUUCGUAUGAAAGCGCAGGAGAACAAAACAGAACUCAAUGCUGUUUCUCAAAUUCACAUGGAUGCUUUAUUGAAACAGGUGUUGAAUGAUCAAGAUGUUGAGAACGUCAAUGGAUGGAUCGAAGUUCUAAAGCCGAUUUUGCAGGUGCUACAAAGCAUCCGGUUAGACGCGAGAAAAAUGAGCGGGCUUGACUUUAAACAGCAAUACGUCAAAAUUAAGCGCAUCGACGGGGGCGAACUUUCUGACUCCAAGUUCAUGAAUGGUAUAAUCUACUCCAAAAAUCUCCCUCUUAAGACGAUGCCCCGAGUGCUUAAGUCCCCUCGAGUAUUACUGAUUAUGUUCCCAUUGGAGUACCAAAAAAGUGAAGCCCAUUUCAUGAGCAUCGAUUCCGUCAUGGCUCAGGAGAGGGAAUAUCUAAAAAAAUUAGUGCUGCGACUAACAACACUCAAUCCCGAUCUUAUUUUAGUCGGCGCAAACGUAAGUGGUUAUGCCUUGGAAUUACUCAACGACGCUGGAAUCGCGGUUCAAUUCAACAUGAAACCUCAAGUAAUUGAGCGGAUUUCAAAAGUGACUGAUGCCAGCAUCGCUAUCACUGUGGAUAAGCUUGCAACAAAUUUGAGAUUGGGUAAUUGUGGCUCGUUCGAAAUAAAAACUUACCGCUAUGGUAACGUUGUCAAAUCGUACACCUUCUUGGAUGAUUGCAAGAUUUCGGAAGGUGGGACCGUGCUUUUACGUGGUGCUAAUUCCAUUACACUGAGAAAAAUCAAGGACAUAACAGAGUUUAUGGUAUACACCGUAUUCUCUUUGAAACUCGAAAGCUCCUUUUUUAGUGACAACCUUUUACAGCUAUCAGUUGAAUACUACAAAAAACUCGCGGUGGGGCGAGAAUCAUUAUCACAGCGAGGCUAUUUUAUUGACUUUGUUGACAAGUUUCAACAAAGAAUACUAUCGGUAUCACCCACCGUUGAGUUUCCGCUUCCUUUUUUGCUUGAAAAGGCUCGUGCUCUAGAGCAGGAGCUGGUUGAAAAAGAGAAAGAAGGCAAUAUUCUCUUAUCGGACCCCGAAUUUCACACAACUUAUGUGAGCAGAACCAUCAAUCAACUUGGAUUGGAACCAGCUCUUACUAGCCAAGACCUAAAGACUCUUGUGAGGUUCAUUCAUGAAAAAGAGAUUGAGGAUUUAACGGCACAAUUUAGAUGGCGGAGUCGACAAUGGGAGCUGUCAUAUGCGCUUUCCAAGAACAUGCUUGGUACGGGAACUCAUCAAACUAUCAAUGUGCUUUACUCGAUGAUUUCCAAGAAAACAGCAACGCCCUGUAUUGGACCACAGCUGGUAAGUAUCGAUUUUUUUUGGGAGACAGACAUUUCGAUAGGGCAAUUUAUCGAAAACAUUGUUCACAUGGCGGGUUUUCCUUGUGCUCACGGCUGUGGGAGCUUACUUUUGGAUCACUAUAGAAGUUACGUCCAUGGUGUAGGAAAGGUUGACGUUUUAGUUGAACAGUUCCAAAGCAGAUUGCCCUCUCUCAAAAAUAUUCUAGUGACCUGGAGUUACUGUAAAAAGUGCAAUAGCUCGACCCCAAUUCUCCAGAUGAGCGAAAAAACACGAAAUUAUUCGUUUGGUAAAUACCUGGAAUUGCUAUUCUGGAGCAGAAAUCAAGGCAUAGAAACUGUUGGUAACUGCAGCCAUGACUUUGCUAAAGAUCACGUCAAAUAUUUUAGUCUAAAUGACUGGAUGGUGAGAAUGGAGUAUUCUGAAAUUGAAGUCCACGAGUUGAUCACUCCGCGCGCUAAGAUUACAUGGAAGCCUAACAUAGACAUUAAACUCAAGGUCGAGCUGUACUACCAAAUUUUGGAUAAAAUCAAUAAUUUCUACGCAAGCGUCAACGACAGGUUAGAAAGGAUUAAGCUAGAUAGCAUACCGAGCGAGCAAGUUUCAGCGGGAGAGGAAAGGAUAAUGGAACUAAAGGGAGAAUCGCACGAGGAAAAGAAUACGCUAACCGAACGGACCGACGCUAUUUACAGAAGUUCAUCCGGUAACGAGCAUCUCAAUCUCAACACCGUCAUAAGGUCAGUUCAUGACAAUGCUGCAGAAUGGGAUUUAAAGUUUAUUGAUUUUGAGAAAACGUAUCUACCAUCAGAAAAAGACGUGGCCACAAUAACUGCUGUGCAACUUAAGAAGCUCUUUAGAGACUCUGUGAAGAAUGAACAAGGACAACCGGCCGGAAAAGAUUCAAUGGAAGUUGACGAACAGCGCAACCUGUCUCUUCCCCGCGAUCAGCGCUUUGCGGGUAAGCAAUUACACAACUCCCUAGCUGAUCAAAUCAAACUGCUCAAAGCCUACAAAACGCCGACAAUUGAACAAUUGACAGAGGACUCGAAGUCUGUCAACAAUGAACAAGCCGUGGCUCUUCGUCCGCCGAUGACUCAUCACAGGACUACCCCGACAUUCAAGAAAAGUGUUGCUCAUAGGUCUCUUCCAUUAUCAAAAGAUGAUACCUUCGUCGAUGGAACUGAGACAAUGAAUGACCAUUUGAGGUCAAAUAGUGGGUCCAGAACAUCAUCCAGCGGAGCAUCAUCGGCGGCAAUACCAGAGUCGCAACCCACAGGUACCGCACAGCUUAGAAGCCGCAGUAUCGGGAGCGUUCAAAGUGGCAGCAGUUUAUAUGCCAAGGACCAAAAUGCCGAAAGCAAAGUCGGCCAGCUGGCAAGCUUUUUUGAUCAGAUUCACUUUGAUGCGUUGUCAAGAGAGUUUGAACUGCAAAGAGAGCUUGAACGACUACAUCUCAACAAGAACAAGUAUAAGGCAUUGAGGGUUGAGCCCUCUAAACCUAUCGUAGAGAUCUACCAGAACGUUAAAGAUGCUGUCGACGGACCUUUACACACAGACAGUCGAAAUUCCAAGAAAGCUGUGAGCAAAGGAUCGAGGCGUGAGUGGAACGGCGCUGGAGCAACCUUAAAACCAAGCAAAGAGCUGGGUAAUAAGUUGGAGCAUUCAAUCCACCAGUGGGGUGAGAAACUAUUGCGUGAGGACGAAGAAUACAGGGUUAACCACGAUAAAUCAACGUUUAUGGAGUCCACGAGCAUAAAAGGUGAUUCCGGCGCCGAAAGAAAAUCUCCCGCUGCUGAGACAAAAAUUCAGGAAAUCCCCACCACUUCUCAACCUGAAAGAUCAUCUUUAAUGAAAAUGCUCGCGAACUUCUGGGCGGAUCGAUCAGCAACUUUAUGGAAGUCUCUGGACUACCCCACUGUCCCUACCGAACAUAUUUUCGUUGAUAGUCCCGUCAUCAUUCGCGAAGAUGAGCCCUCUUCGUUAAUUGCUUUCUGUCUAAGUUCCACUGAUUAUUUGCAGAAGAUGGCCUCACCAAGUCCAACAAAAUCGGCUGCUUCAGACUCAGAAUUGAUCACGUCAGAUCGAAAUGAAGAAGAUGCAGUCUCCAUAAACCAGUCUCUCAACUCCCUGGCCGACUAUGAGCAUCAUACUUUGGGCGAUCACGAGCAAUACAAAAAGAAUUCCUCAGAGGUAAAUGUCAAAGAAGUUCAGGUGCAAGGAGAGUCCGGCGCGGAACCUGUAACGUCACAAAAAAUCCAUGAUAAAAAUGUUGCAAAUGAAAAGCUGAACUUAGAACAAAUCAUGACUAAGAAGACAGCCAUGCACUUGCGCUACCAGUUUCAAGAUGGAAACUCUAUAAUGUCCUGUAAGAUCUUCUUUGCUGAACAGUUUGAUGCAUUCCGUAAAACUUGUGGGUGUGAAGAAAACUUCAUUCAGAGUCUUUCGAGGUGCGUGAAAUGGGACUCUAAUGGCGGUAAAAGUGGAAGUGCCUUUUUGAAGACUCUGGAUAAUAGAUUUGUGAUCAAAGAGCUCUCACAUACUGAACUAGAUUCUUUCAUUAAAUUCGCGCCCAGCUAUUUCGAGUAUAUGGCACAAGCAAUGUUCCACGAUCUCCCGACCGCUAUGGCUAAGGUAUUUGGAUUCUAUCAAAUUCAAACUAAAAACUCUGAAAGUGGUAAAAGUUUUCAAAUGGACGUUCUCAUUAUGGAGAACCUAUUUUACAACAAAAAGACGUCAAGGAUUUUUGACCUAAAGGGCUCUAUGAGGAAUCGUCAUGUAAAGCAGACGGGCAAAGAAAACGAGGUAUUACUGGAUGAAAAUAUGGUGGAGUAUAUCUACGAGUCCCCCAUAUUUGUAAGGGAGUAUGACAAGAAGCUUCUACGUGCUUCACUAUGGAAUGAUACUCUUUUUCUGGCCAAAAUGAAUGUUAUGGACUAUUCUCUUGUCGUUGGUGUCGACAACGAAAAUCACACUCUUACGGUAGGGAUCAUUGACUUUAUCCGCACAUUUACCUGGGACAAGAAGUUGGAGAGCUGGGUUAAAGAACGAGGUUUCGUGGGCGGCAGUACCAAAGAACCAACUGUUGUGACGCCAAGGCAGUAUAAGACCAGGUUCAGGGUCGCUAUGGAGAGAUACAUUCUGAUGGUUCCGGAUCCUUGGUUUCAAGACAGUCACGAGUAG